AUGUUACCAAUCGCAAUUGAAAAGCCUGUUGGUCUAGAUGGCCCUCUUGUUCGGGAUAAGAGCCAUGUAUCCAACAAUAACGAGGAAGUCCCAGCUCAUGAUGUCCACAACGGCGGUUUGUCCCGUUAUUUGCCUCUUAGCCGUAUUAGUGCAGAGGUGCAGAAACCCGUUUCUGGAGCCACUAAACUUCGCAAAAUGUUGUCAGAGACAAAUGAACUUGUCGUCUGCCCGGGUGUUUAUGAUGGGCUUUCAGCACGUACUGCUAUCGAGUUAAGUUUCAACGCAAUGUACAUGACCGGGGCAGGGACUACCGCCUCUAGACUUGGCCAGCCGGAUUUAGCAAUUGCUCAACUACACGAAAUGCGCGAGAAUGCGGAUAUGAUUGCGAACCUGGAUCCAUUUGGUCCCCCCUUAAUCGCUGAUAUGGACACUGGAUAUGGAGGUCCUAUAAUGGCUGCUCGCACGGUUGAGCAAUACAUUCGUGCUGGAGUUGCUGGAGCCCAUCUUGAGGACCAAGUCCUUACAAAGAGAUGUGGCCAUUUAGCUGGCAAGAGAGUUGUACCAAGGGAAGAAUACUACGCGAGGAUCCGUGCAGCCCAUGCAGCCCGCGUGCGAAUGCGAUCAGACUUUGUUUUGAUUGCACGAACCGAUGCCCUGCAAUCACUCGGGUAUGAUGAGUGCAUUGAGCGCCUUCGCACAGCAAGAGAUCUUGGCGCGGACGUAGGUCUCCUAGAAGGUUUUAACUCUAAAGAGCAGGCAGCUCAAGCAGUAAAGGACCUGGCACCCUGGCCACUCUUGCUAAACAGUGUUGAGAACGGUGCCAGUCCAACUAUUACAGUAGAGGAAGCUCAGCAAAUGGGAUUUAGAAUCAUGAUCUUCUCUUUUGCCUGUCUUGCACCCGCGUAUCGGGCCAUCAAAGAAACGUUAACUCUACUAAAGACCAAGGGUGUUGUUGGAACUCCAAAGGACUUGACUCCGGUUCGAUUAUUCGAAGUAUGUGGGUUGCAACACUCAAUGUCCGUCGACGUGGAGGCUGGUGGAUUUUCCUUUGCAAACGGAGUGUAG